GAUGCGCGCGCACCCCGCCGCGGCUCCUCGACCUCCCUCCCACUCCAGGCGCGCGCCGCGCCCGUUGGACUGCGCGAGUGGCGGUUGGCGUCUCGCGCGUGGGAGGAGACAGUGGGGGAGUGGGCGUGGCCGAGCGGGGUGGGCGUGGCCCGCCCUCCGGCGGGAGGCCGGCGAGUUAGUGAGGCAAGUUUCAGUCAGGCGGGCGGCCGAGGAGGUCCGUCCCCCCCCCCCGCUCCGCGCUCCCCUCUGGACCCCCCCCCUCUGCAAACCGAACAUAUAUAGACCUAUUUACUCGUCUGAAAGAAAAUUCCUGCGGUUCCAUGGAACGCCGGCAGCAUGACAAUCCUUAAAACUCAUCAAAGAUGACAGUUCAUCUUAUUCUGAAGAUCAGUGGUAAUGAGCUCAAUUUAUUCAUAUUCUUCACAACGGGUUUUGUUUUCAGGAUGGCCGGAAUUUGAUUUUGCAGCCAUGCUAAAUAAACAAAGACGAAUCCAACGAGCGAUUGUCUGAACAUGCACUGAACAACUCUGAGCAUCAGGUGCGGAGCCCUGGGGAAGAUGUCUGCUUGCAAUGCCUUCACCGAACACGUCUGGAAACCUGGCGAAUGUAAAAACUGCUUCAAGCCAAAAAGUUUGCACCAGCUGCCUCCGGCCUCUGAAAGCCCUCCGGUUUCAAAUACAAACCUGAAAACCAAUGCGAACAGCCAGCGCGCUAAGAACACGGGAAGUUUUCGUCCCCCUGUGGCCAAGAAACCAACCAUAGCUGUGAAACCCACCCUGAUGAUGAUAGACGGACAGAGCGUAUGUGGCGAGGUCAGCCCGCAAGACCUGUGUGAGAACAAGCCAUCAGUUGUAGGGUGGAAUCAAAACAGAGCCAUCUUGAACAAAAAACUACUGAAUAAUAACAAUGAAGGAGAAAUUGAAGUGUAUAGCCAAGUUCAUAGGCCUUACGGGAAUGCGGAUGGUGUAGGUAAGGCUCCUAAUAACAGUAACGGAUUGACAGAAGUGUUGAAAGAGAUUGCAGGAUUGGAUUCCACCUCUCAUCAGACAGGAAGUGAAAUGAGUUCAAGGGCAGCGUUCUUGGGAAGAAUUAACAAUUGCUAUAAGAAAUCCCUCGAGAGAAAGAUCCCUCCAAGUUGCAUGAUAGGUGGCACAAAAGACCUCCACAAUAAGCACGUUGUUCUGAGCGGGAGCACCGACGUGAUAAGCAACGAAGGCGGCCGUUUCUGUUACCCAGAAUUCUCCAGCGGGGACGAGAGCGAGGACGAUACGUUUUUUGACCACAUGCAAGAGGACCACGAAAGUUGGGAUGAAAGCGACGAGGAGCUGCUGGCGAUGGAAAUCCGCAUGAGGGGACAGCCACGCUUUGCGAAUUUCCGAGCGAACACGCUGUCCCCUGUCCGGUUCUGUGUUGACAAGAAGUGGAACACGGUGCCUUUGAGGAACAAGUCUCUUCAGAGGUUUUGUGCUGUUGACUACGACGAUAGCUACGAUGAAAUACUGAAUGGUUACGGAGAAGACCCCAUGAUCCUUUAUGGGCCAGAGAGCGUGCAGAGCAUGGUGUCCUCCAGUUCUACGUCGCCUGAUUCUUCUUUGACCGAAGAGUCUCGUUCUGGCACGACCAGCAGUUCUUCUCAAAGACUCUGCAACGGCGGAUUGUCUCCCAGUACUCCAAAGGAUAUCAAAUUAAUUGAGGAGGGAUGUGAAAGUUUUGGCAAUGACCAGCCAGUAAAAGGGACGGCCAGAAGUCCUCAAGAUGUCACCAAGGUUUUGGAGACUCACAAGGCUGUGCUUGCCCUUAGACUAGAAGAAAAAGAUGGGAAGAUUGCCGUCCAGAGUGACAAGCAAGAGUGCAGCAGUCCUUCAGAUAAGCCAGGUCAAACGGCGGGUCCAAAUAUUCUCCCUAACGAAGAGCAAGCAAAACCUUACAGAGUGGUGAACAUGGAGCAACCAGUGUGCAAGCCGUACACCAUAGUGGACGUAUCAGCCGCAAUGACCCACGAAUGUCUAGAGAAUCAGACAAGAAGCAUAGAUACAAAAAUGACUCCUUCUCAUCCAAAUCCGUCAGAUACUACAAGUACAAAUGUUACAUCUCAGCCGGGAUCAUCCAAUCAAGUUCAUCCCAAUCUUAAAAAAUCUAGCACGGUCCGAUACCAGGAAGUUUGGACUUCCAGCACAAGCCUACGUCAGAAGAUACCGAAAGUGGAGCGAACUGCUAAUACUCCGGGAUCUUCGGCGCCUCCAAGAAAGAACAUCCACAAAUCUGCCCCUACUUCACCGACAUCAACAAAUAUUUCAACAAAAACAAUUCCUGUGAAGUCUCCUAACCUGUCUGAAAUAAAAUUCAAUAGCUACAAUAACGCGGGCAUGCCGCCCUUCCCAAUUAUUAUCCACGACGAGCCAACGUAUGCUAGAAGUUCGAAGAAUGCUAUCAAAGUUCCCAUUGUCAUAAACCCAAACGCCUAUGAUAACUUAGCCAUCUAUAAGAGCUUUCUGGGGACCAGUGGGGAGCUGUCUAUUAAAGAUAAAAUGGCAAGUGUGAUAAGCCACACCUACGAAGAAAUAGAAACGGAAAACAAAGGGUCUGAAGCCGUAGCUGGCAAAACUGACCCUUCCCAAGCCAAAGGGAUCUCCAGUAGCACCGAGAGAAGACUAGGGUCAGUAGCCCAGAAGGUUCAAGAGUUCAACAGCUGUCUCGGGAAAGGUCACCCGUCGCCAAAAAGUUCUGGCCGCAACUCCCCAACAAAAAUCCAAAGAACCGUUCAAGAGCCUGCAGCCAAACUGGACGAAGCCCACGAGAUGUUGGACGGCAGCCGGGAAAGCGCCUGCACGGUGCUGUCCCAGAUUGUGGCUUCCAUCCAGCCUCCGCUGUCGCCCCCGGAAGUGCCUCAAGCCACCCCCAAGUCCUGCAGCGUCGAAGAGCUGUAUUCGCUGCCCCCAGACGCCGAUGCCAGCAAAAGCAUCCCGGCGCGUCCCAAAUCCCUCUUCACGGCACAGUCCUGCCCUGAGGCCAAGCUAGCCAAGUCCGCAGAAAUGGCGCAGAAGGACACCCUCGCCAAGUCACCAGUCACGCCGUCAUCGAAGCCACUGCUCAUUUCACAGAACGCCCCGAGUCCCCAAAGCGAGCAGGCGCCUCCGUUCCCCCCUCCGCGAUCCACGUCCUCGCCUUACCACGCCAGCAAAGCGCUGCAGAGGCAUUUCAGCAACUGGACCAAACCCAUGAGCCCCACGCGGUCCACAGAGGCCGAGUCAGUGCUGCAUUCAGAAGGGAGGCGCGCCGUCGACGCAAAGCCCAAGCGGUGGAUAUCCUUUAAAAGCUUCUUUCGGCGCAGGAAAACUGAAGACGAGGAAGACAGGGAGCGGGAGAAGGGGAAACUUGUGGGUCUUGACGGAACUGUGAUCCACAUGCUCCCGCCCCCUCCCGUGCAGCGCCACAACUGGUUCAGCGAGUCAAAAUCGGAUUCCAGCGAGAAACCCUCCAUCGUUUUCAUGUUUAAGUGCGAACAAGCCAAGCUGGAGGCGAGGUCGGACCAAAGCAAGACGGAGCUGGAGUCCGCGGUUGAUGACGACCGGAAGGAAGGGGAGAGGUCUCCUGAGAUCUCGGGAGGAAUCCGAAGGAGCCAUUCUUCCGCAUCUCAGCUUCCGCAGGAAAUUAUCAGUCAAGUGCCCGAUGAGUCCACGGUGGAAAACGACAUGUCCCCUCGCACGCCACGCUCUGCAUUCGAAAAGCAGGCGGGGGGCAGCAAUGCUUCAGCCGUUCCGCUGUCCCCUCCGGAAAUAUCUCAAGGGGAGGAUGACAGAGAAGAAAUGUCCGAUUCUUCUGACCUGAGUGCCAGCAGCGCUACAUACAGUAACUUGGGGCAAUCCAGAGCAGCUAUGAUUCCACCAAAACAGCCAAGGCAACCCAAAGGCGCUUUGGACGACGCCAUCGCUUUCGGGGGAAUAUCUGAUCCCGACGUGGCAGCCGCCCUGCAUCCGACGCCACCUCCGCUGCCCAAGAAGACCAUUCUGAGAGCUCAGGUGGAACCAAAGGAGCACCAGAAACAGGCCGGGGAGAGCAGCCUGUGCGUUAUGGCCAAUCCCACCUACGACAUCGACUCCCGCUGGGAAGCGGGCAGCGCCUCCUCUUCCCUCAGCUCGGAGCUCAAGGUCCUCGACGACGAGUCAGGGGAUUCCUUGGACAGGCUGCCCGGAAGAGGGCUGACAGCCGCGCCAGCCGCCAACAGCUUCGCCGGCCGCACUGCGGUCACUUUGAAGGAUAGGGGUUCCAACAGCACAGAGUCUCUGUCCGGGAGGCCAGCCACCUACGGCAAGCACGGCAGGGCUGUCCAGAAGCCCCAGCGGCAAGCACUUUACCGAGGCAUCGAAAACCGAGAAGAGGUGGUGAGCAAAAUCAGGAGCCUCCACGCCGACUCGCUAAGGAAGCUGUCCGCCAAGUGCGAAGACCUGUUCAUGGCCGGGCAGAAGGACCAGCUCCGGUUCGGGGUCGACAGCUGGUCAGACUUCAGGUUAACCAACGACAGGCCUUGCUGCGAGGCGGGGGAUGCCGUCUACUACCCAGCUUCCUACGCAAAAGAUCCACUCAACAACUAUGCAGUCAAGAUUUGCAGGGGCAGAAAGCUUAAAGAAUCUCAACGGUAUACUCUUCAUACAGCUUGGCCAUCCGUAGGCCAUUUUGGCUAUUCACUUCAACGCAUACAGCAGGAUCUGUGGCCAUUUCUUAGCCAGCCGUGCCGUGGAAGGCUACCUUCCGUGGGAAGAUCUCAAACUCUCGGAGGAGGAGGAGGAGGAUUUUGGAAGGCGGAAGGAGCAGAGGGCCCCCGAGAACCCCUCCGAGGCUGGCGCGCCCCAGAAAGCGUCCCCAGGAACCGCCAACUUAAACGAAGCGCCGCAGCAGAGUGAGUGCGUCAUCACCGGUGGAGUCCCCGCCAUCUGGCGGUGUCCGAUUUUUUGUCGCGGGAGUCUUCCCAGGCUUCACGCCGCGAGCAACCCAGACCUAUGCGAGAGAUGCAGCGGGUGUACUUCCUCCUCCCCUCCAGCUAUUGCUCCUGGCACUUGAGGCGCCUGAAAUUACCACAUCACCCACUGCGACCUGCGCCUGGAGAACCUCCUGCAGGUGGUGGACUACGGAGACGGGGGGGCCUCCUGGACUCCUGAAGCGGCUGGAGCCUUCGGACCCCAAGCUGGCUUGCCCCUGCACCAGGGCUGCUUGUGAGCAACUUCUCUCAGGCCAAGCAAAAGAGCCACACGGUCGACCCGGAAAUCCUACGGGACCAAUCCCGCCUGG